GGAGUACCUUUGAAGUCAGAAGAAAUAUCUGUUACUGACAACUCUCUGCACCAGGAGGACACCAUCUGACAAUUGAUGUAAGGACCGUAUGAAGCCCAUAGUGGGUGGGUGAGAGAAGUGGACAUUUAGUGCAUCUUAUUUAUAUUUGAAUGUGCUUCACAUUGCAUAAACAUGUUUUUCUUGGAAGAUUUUUCCAAGAAUUUUCAUCAGCAGUAACAAAGGAAACACAGACAUUAAAAGGCCCCUCUUCCUGCAGACUUCCACCAUCCAACUAGUCCAGACUCCAGAGAAAUGGUAGAGAACACUUUGUGAAAGUCCUUAAUGGGGUUGUCAUCUCCUCCUCAUGCUACUUUUCCGGUCUCAUUAUGGAUCCACCUCAAUCAGUAUGAGAAGCACAUGGGCACCAUGAGGGACCAGGCAGAUACGUAGGGGCAGAAGGGCCAGGGAAUCCUCCUAUUGUGGUCUUUGGGCUUGGCUCUCUCCUAGUUGUCUUUUGUAUGUUAAGAACUCCAGGAAUUUUGAGCACACGUGAAAUGCAGAACAGCCUGCAUGAAUGGUUUUGAUCAUCACAUAAAUAUGAAAAUACAAAUGAUUUCAGCAGAAAUAAAAUUUAUUUCUAAUACUCAAUAUUAUCUGCUCCUUGAAGCUAUGCAAAGACUAAUAAGUGCAUAAACUUCUUGAGCAGUGUUACAUAAAUGUAAAACAUGGUUCAUAGGUAUGUUUAUGGCUACAGACACAUUAAUUGAUAGUCUUCAGAAAGACUUAAGUUCCUUUACAAAUUAAAAGGGGACACGUGUGCUGUUUCUGCUCAUUUGCUGAGUAUGCAACUGGAAAACCCAAUCUUCUAUUCUGGCAUUUAAAAUCUGGUACUUUCAGCAAAUAACAUCAUCAAUAUUUUAAAGUCAUACUGGCUUCUGGUGAGUAGCAGUGGAAUUGCCGUCCCUCCUUAAAUCCUUCUCUGAGGCACCCUUCUUUCUAUGGUGUGCCUGACAACAUUAACUCUUCUCCCUUGAGAGCAGGUGUGCAUGCCAAGAGCCGAAAUUCCUAGGGAAGCUUUUGUAAGUCCAGAUCCCACCCCGCUAUCCCCUCCAGGCCUUGAUUUUAGCAUCAACCCAAAACUUUUUUAGAUUGUUGUGGACUCUGCUUAACUUUGAUGUAAAACGUCUGUAGAUUCUUGUCCGCUGUCUAAAACAGAGGUGAUCAAGAAUGGCUUCUGCCCUUCAGAUGGGCCAUUUUCACAGUAUCACAGGCAGGAGACUCUACGCCCCUAAGCAGAUUUUGGGGCCAUCAGAGAUGUACAGUUAGUUUGGAUCACACUUGGGUUCCUAAAACACCCUGGAGUUAAUUCUCCAGAAGGGCAGUAGGGCUUGCAGAACCCUAAAGAGGCAGAAAACCUCUAUUCCCCAUGGAAACUUUAAUCCUUUCAGGCAAGUUCUGUUUCUGUUGGAAAUCCAAGACUUUGCAAACAGGAUAAGGCCUUCUAAAGUCACAGGGUGAAUAUAAUGAGUGCAGGACUUAGGAUAUUUAGGCAGGGGGGAGAAUUGGCCUAAGUAUUUCCUUUCAUUAGUGUCUCUAUAGGUAAUGAUUUCCUUACUUAACCAAAGAAAAGCAAUGGAAGCAGCUACCCCUCGCCUAUUAAAAGGAGAAAGAUGGAUAUCUUUAAUUGAAAGCAAAGCAUCACAAAAUUCUUUAAUUAUAAGCUCAAAGGGGCUUUGAGCUCAUCUUGUAUCUUCUUGGCUUUCAGCAGGAUAGCAUUAAGCUUUCCUAAAAAGAUAAGACUCAACCUAUUUUAAAACAUAUCCAAAGAUGGCAUUCUAGUUUCUGUUCCUUUGUUAGGGUACUUUUUUUCCCUUUCUAACCUCACCACAGGUGAACUUUUCCUAUUACUAACCUGAAGUCUUCACAUUAGAGCUUGGCUCAGUUUGCUCAGCAGAGCUGGUGAACAGCUGGUCACCAUCAGCCUUUUCUAAACUGUACUUCCAUCUGUCCAUCUGUACAAAAUUAUAAGAAUUAAUUAGGAUAUUUGGAUUUAAAUCAAUAAAUUUGAAGCUAGAUGCCAACUGAAUGACUCAAUGACAUGGCAAAAGACUGCCUCUCUUCUUGCCAUAGCUUUUCUUAUCUCUGUCAUCAGCUCCAAUGCUAACACCUCUCCCUUUUCCAUCUCUCUUGCAAAACUCCCCACACAAGUUCAUUCACACACACACACAAAUGUGCACACUUAUACUGGUAAAUAGAAAAACAUCCCUGAAGCAGCUAGUUAACACUUACACCUUACCACUCACUAUUCACAUUGAGGUGUAAGAGUCGUCCAGGGUCCAGACUCUCGAACCCACUGUCUGGGCUUAAAUCCUGGCUCUGGGACCUUGGAAAUAUUUUGUAAUCUCACUUUGUAAGCAUUUUCUCAUCUGUAGAAUGGAAACAAUAAUAGUAUCUACCUUAGAGGGUUGUGGAAAUGAUUAAUGACUUAAUACAUAAAAAGCUCUUUGAAUGCAGUCUGGUACUCUAAUCUUAAAGGCUAUAUAGUUGUUAGCUAUUGUUACACCCUUCUUGCGCAAAGGGAUAUUCAGAGGCAUCAAACUAUGCCCAAUAUUCCAGAAGCCAAGAGUUUGAGAAAGAACAGGAAUGGGAUUCAAGUUUAAGGGAAGUGGGUAAGCAAGAAGAGUCGCCAGGGUGAAAGAUCAAAGAAAAAAAGGGCAAAAAGCAAACAGGAGAUUGACAGAACUACAGAGAAAUGGCAAAAGCUGGCAUUUAACAGGGAAAAGGUAGACAGAGAACAUAAGGGAAAGGAAGAUAAAGAAGAAAUGAAAAAGGGAAACAUGAGUUAAAAGGUGAGUAUGUAAAGGAAAGACAGAAAAGAAGAGGAAAAGGGGAUCAAGAACAACAAAGGAGAUAAAAAUUGGGAAAAGACCCCAUUUGCAGUUUGAGUAGGUAUCACGGGAAAAGGGUACGGAAGUGGGGAAGCUUGGGGCAGAAAGGAUGGGGGGAGAAAGGAGCCUCAAAGAGAUAACAGAAAAAAGCUUCAUGUGUCAUUUGCAGCUUUUUGUCCCUUUAAAUUAUGGGGUGCUGCAAGCUUAUUUAACCCACCCUUGAGCCUCAAGGCUCCUGAUCGUGUUCCUCCUAUUUCAACUUGCAUUUAAUCUCUGCCCCAGACUUAGCUUCUAAGGUUUGCCCUGGUCAGAUGUCUGCCUUGUGUUUUUAGCCCGACGAGGCCAAAAUGCAAUGAUCUUGUCUUUAUUUCAUUUUCCCUAACCAGUCAUCCUUUUCAAGUGAAAUUUAGCUCUGGAGCAAAUAUUUACAUCCCCUUUCUACUCCAAACAUUCAGAAAUCUAGAAAGGGACCUGGUGUUUUAAUUUUUAAAUUAUUCACCUAACGGCAUUCCCAUUUUUAGUCAAUUAAAAAGAGGUAAAAAUGAUACAGUACUGCAGGAAUAGGUCGCUUUUAGGGCUCCAACGUGCCCUCCCCAUCGAAGGGUCUUAAUUACCUAACCUUUUGGAAAUAGGAGAGAGGUCGGACCGAGAUUUAAAAUAAAGUCAGCAUUUUAAAAAUACUUUUUAAAUUAAGAACCAUCGUGAUUAAAUUGCCUGUUUGGUGCAAAAUACGUUCCUCUAUUUGAGGAAGUCGAGAGACCUUAAAAGGCCUUCUAAACAGAUGAACUGAACGGACCGUGAGCGUCUCCUCACGCCGGGGUGAUCCUGGGCCGCCGCCGCCGCCCGAGUCACGAAGCCAGACGCAGUGCGCGUCUCCGCCCAGGACUCCGGAGACUGCAGCAGCGCGAGCGGCCGCCGCGGCCCGGGCUGCUCCUGGAGUCGGGGAGGAGACGCGACUCCCGCAGACACGUGACCUCCUCCCAGCCGCCGCUUCCCGCGACCCAGAUCCGUCCCCGGAACCCGUGCCCGGCGGGGCGGGCCGGGGGACACGUAGCGGGCGCCCCAGUCCCUGCAGCGCCCUGGUGCAUGUACCUUUGGCGUUCUUCUCCCCUCGGUUCACUUAUCACCGGCAAUAAUCAACGUUUCAGAGAUCACCCCGGGGAGAAUGAAAAUAUCCCUCUCUGUGCAGGAAAAACCUUGGUUUUUUCUCUAUGUCUUUAUGUAUAUCUAGAGAAAUAUAUAUAUAGCCUCCAUCCCACCCCUGGGAGUCCCUCAGGACAUGCUUUCCCCUGGGCUGGCAGGGCGGCGUGGGCAGUGCGCAUCCCCGGGCACCUCCCGGUAACUCUCACUAGCAGUGAGUCAUGCUCCCAGGGUGGCUCUGGGGAAAGGUAACCCGGCUCUUGCUGGCCUGUGAUUCCCGGCGCCGAGCGCCGCGGCUGCAGGGCGAGUGCGCGCGCGCACGGGUUCCCCGAGCAGUGAUGUGGCAGCAGCGGCAGGUCGGAUCACGUUGCUGGCCCUGUGCUGGUACCCGUUUGAGACCGGAUUAAGGAGGGAGGCUUUGGAGGUGCCAGCGGUAGUAAACGUGGGCUCUGCACACUCCGGGCGUCUCUUAUCGCGCGGGGGGGCGGGGGGAUGGGGAAAGCACGUAGCGUCACCGGAGGCUCAGAACGCGGCAGAGUUGAGCGGGCGGGUGAUAAAUGCUGCAUAGCUUUUCUGUGGUAGCCCCUCUCGUGCCACCCCCUUCUCCCUUCCCAGCCCCCACUCAUCCCCGGCUCGCUCCCCGCCGCGUUCCUCCAGGAGCACACGCGGCCCCAAACGUCGUCAUCUGCUGCUGUGAUUAGUGGCACCGCAAUUCCGGCUGCUGCGGGGAAGUUUAGUUGGCCCAGGGACGCCGUGUCACCGAAAGACACUUGGAUUGCGACAUUCGGACCCAGUGACAACGUUUUCAUGUAUCUUAAAUCCUUCAAGGAGCGGAUUGCAAGUUGCUUCUUCUCGAGGCAACCUCUCCACCCAGCGCCAAGGAGUCCCUCCAGGCCACUGAUCAGUGAGCAAACAAGUCUCCAAAAUUUCCUUUGGGACUCAAGUUUACCCACCGCGAAUUCUCUUUUCCCUUCCUUUCUAUGGUUCAAACCAACAGCACAAUCGGUGGAAAAGCAAAAAGCCACGUUCACAUUCCUGCACCGUAAUAACGGACGAACCCAGGGAGUCGCAUUUUCGAGCCAAGGAAGCUCAGGCUGCCCCGCACCCCUGCACCCCCACUCCCCCCUCCUCCUGCCGACUGCAUCGCCUUUGGGAAGAUGAAUAGCUUGGCCGAAGUUGUUUUUCCUUUCCGGUGGCCCUGAUCAGGUGUCCCCGCCCCCUCCUGCCGUUCGCCUUCUCCCGACGCCCCCUCCCGGCCCGGCCCCUCCUCCCCCGCCCCCCUCCGGGCUGGACCGCGGAUGGUACGUUCCGCACGUGAGCUGGGUGCUGGUCUGGCGGGCGACGCGCGUGCCCUGUGGCCAAACACUGCCUGGAGUGAGAGCAAACUACCAGCGCAGUGGGGCCGGCGCGAGUGUGCGUGUGUGUGUGCGAGCGCGGUGGAGGGGGGGACCAACUGCUUCACACUUUCAACACUGCACUGAAGAGGGAGAGCGAGAAAGAGACUGGAGACGCACAGAUCCCCCCAAGGUCUCCCAAGCCUACCGUCCCACAGAUUAUUGUACAGAGCCCCAAAAAUCGAAACAGAGGAAACGAACAGCAGUUGAACAUGGACGAAGGAAUUCCUCAUUUGCAAGAGAGACAGUUACUGGAACAUAGAGAUUUUAUAGGACUGGACUAUUCCUCUUUGUAUAUGUGUAAACCCAAAAGGAGCAUGAAACGAGACGACACCAAGGAUACCUACAAAUUACCGCACAGAUUAAUAGAAAAGAAAAGAAGAGACCGAAUUAAUGAAUGCAUUGCUCAGCUGAAAGAUUUACUGCCUGAACAUCUGAAAUUGACAACUCUGGGACAUCUGGAGAAAGCUGUAGUCUUGGAAUUAACUUUGAAACACUUAAAAGCUUUAACCGCCUUAACCGAGCAACAGCAUCAGAAGAUAAUUGCUUUACAGAAUGGGGAGCGAUCUCUGAAAUCGCCCAUUCAGUCCGACUUGGAUGCGUUCCACUCGGGAUUUCAAACAUGCGCCAAAGAAGUCUUGCAAUACCUCUCCCGGUUUGAGAGCUGGACACCCAGGGAGCCGCGGUGUGUCCAGCUGAUCAACCACUUGCACGCCGUGGCCACCCAGUUCUUGCCCACCCCGCAGCUGUUGACUCAACAGGUCCCUCUGAGCAAAGGCACCGGCGCUCCCUCGGCCGCCGGGUCCGCGGCCGCCCCCUGCCUGGAGCGCGCGGGGCAGAAGCUGGAGCCCCUCGCCUACUGCGUGCCGGUCAUCCAGCGGACUCAGCCCAGCGCCGAGCUCGCCGCCGAGAACGACACGGACACCGACAGCGGCUACGGCGGCGAAGCCGAGGCCCGGCCGGACCGCGAGAAAGGCAAAGGCGCGGGGGCGAGCCGCGUCACCAUCAAGCAGGAGCCUCCCGGGGAGGACUCGCCGGCGCCCAAGAGGAUGAAGCUGGAUUCCCGCGGCGGCGGCAGCGGCGGCGGCCCGGGGGGCGGCGCGGCGGCGGCGGCAGCCGCGCUCCUGGGGCCCGACCCUGCCGCCGCGGCCGCGCUGCUGAGACCCGACGCCGCCCUGCUCAGCUCGCUGGUGGCGUUCGGCGGAGGCGGGGGCGCGCCCUUCCCGCAGCCCGCGGCCGCCGCGGCCCCCUUCUGCCUGCCCUUCUGCUUCCUCUCGCCUUCUGCAGCUGCCGCCUACGUGCAGCCCUUCCUGGACAAGAGCGGCCUGGAGAAGUAUCUGUACCCGGCGGCGGCUGCCGCCCCGUUCCCGCUGCUAUACCCCGGCAUCCCCGCCCCGGCGGCAGCCGCGGCAGCCGCCGCCGCCGCUGCCGCCGCCGCCGCCGCGUUCCCCUGCCUGUCCUCGGUGUUGUCGCCCCCUCCCGAGAAGGCGGGCGCCGCCGCCGCGACCCUCCUGCCGCACGAGGUGGCGCCCCUUGGGGCGCCGCACCCCCAGCACCCGCACGGCCGCACCCACCUGCCCUUCGCCGGGCCCCGCGAGCCGGGGAACCCGGAGAGCUCUGCUCAGGAAGAUCCCUCGCAGCCAGGAAAGGAAGCUCCCUGAAUCCUUGCGUCCCGAAGGACGGAGGUUCAAGCAGAGUGAGAAGUUAAAAUACUCUUAAGGUCUUUAAGGGAGGAAGUGUAAUAGAUGCACGACAGGCAUAAACAAGAACAACAAAACAGGUGUUAUGUGUACAUCGGAGUUCCUGUUUUGCUCAUCCCUCACCACCCCACCCUCCACACACUAACAUCCCUUUCUUCCCCCCACCAGCUGUAAAAGAUCCUCUGCGAAAGACAUUGGCUCUUUUUUUUAAUCCCCCAAAUAAAUUUUGCCCCCUUUUAGGCCAUGUUCCAUUAUCUCUUAAAAUUGGAACCUAAUUCGAGAGGAAGUAAGAAGGGUCUGUUCUGUGGCUGAGCUAGGUGAACCCCGGGGUAGGGGAAAGAUGUUAACACCUUUGACGUCUUUGGAGUUGACAUGGAACAGCAGGUAGUUGUUAUGUAGAGCUAGUUCUCAAAGCUGCCCUGCCUGUUUUAGGAGGCGUUCCACAAACAGAUUGAGGAUCUUUUAGAAUUGAAUUUACUCUUCAGUAUUUUCUAAUGUUCAGCUUUCUAAAAGGCAUAUAUUUUUCAAAGAAGUGAGGAUGCAGUUUCUCACGUUGCAACCUAUUCUGAAGUGGUUUAAAUGGUAUCUCUUAGUAACUUGCACUCGUUAAAGAAACACGGAGCUGGGCCAUCGUCAGAACUAAGUCAGGGAAGGAGAUGGAUGAGAAGGCCAGAAUCAUUCCUAGUACAUUUGCUAACACUUUAUUGAGAAAUUGACCAUGAAUUAAUGGACUCAUCUUAAUUUCUUCUUAGUCCAUCUAUAGAUAGAUAUCUAUCUGUACAGAUUUCUAUUUAUCCAUAGAUAGGUAUCUAUACAUACACAUCUCAAGUGCAUCUAUUCCCACUCUCAUUAAUCCAUCAUGUUCCUAAAUUUUUGUAAUCUUACUGUAAAAAAGUGCACUGAACUUCAAAACAAAACAAAAAACAACAACAACAACAACAAAAAAAACAAGUCCAAACUGAUAUAUCCUAUAUUCUGUUAAAAUUCAAAAGUGAACGAAAGCAUUUAACUGGUCAGUUUUGAUUGCAAAUGCUGUAAAGAUAUAGAAUGAAGUCCUGUGAGGCCUUCCUAUCUCCAAGUCUAUGUAUUUUCUGGAGACCAAACCAGAUACCAGAUAAUCACAAAGAAAGCUUUUUUAAUAAGGCUUAAACCAAGACCUUGUCUAGAUAUUUUUAGUUUGUUGCCAAGGUAGCACUGUGAGAAAUCUCACUUGGAUGUUAUGUAAGGGGUGAGACACAACAGUCUGACUAUGAGUGAGGAAAAUAUCUGGGUCUUUUCGUCAGUUUGGUGCAUUUGCUGCUGCUGUUGCUACUGUUUGCCUCAAACGCUGUGUUUAAACAACGUUAAACUCUUAGCCUACAAGGUGGCUCUUAUGUACAUAGUUGUUAAUACAUCCAAUUAAUGAUGUCUGACAUGCUAUUUUUGUAGGGAGAAAAUAUGUGCUAAUGAUAUUUUGAGUUAAAAUAUCUUUUGGGGAGGAUUUGCUGAAAAGUUGCACUUUUGUUACAAUGCUUAUGCUUGGUACAAGCUUAUGCUGUCUUAAAUUAUUUUAAAAAAAUAAAUACUGUCUGCGAGAAACCAGCUGGUUUAGAAAAGUUUAGUAUGUGACGAUAAACUAGAAAUUAUCUUUAUAUUCUAGUAUUUUCAGCACUCCAUAAAUUCUAUUACCUAAAUAUUGCCACACUAUUUUGUGAUUUAAAAAUUCUUACUAAGGAAUAAAAACUUUAAUAUACGAUAUGAUAUUGUCUAAUAAUUAAAAAAGACAUAAUGGAUGCUCAAUUAGUUUUAAGAUAUCUAUAACUAUAGGGAUACAAAUCACUACAGUUCUCAGAUUUACAGCUUUUUUUUGUCAUUGGCUUGAUGUCACACAUUUCCAAUCUCUUGCAAGCCUCCAAGCUCUGGCUUUGUCUACCUGCUCGUUCCCAAUGUAUCUUAAUGAAAAGUGCAAAAGAAAAACCUACCAAUUAACUUGUGUGGUUUGUUUAUGUUAGACCCAAUUUUCUAUUGUUUUAAUGAUUGACAAGUUUUUCAGUUUUCGUCUGUGACAUCACAUAGCCUCUCUAGUAUGGUCAGGUGUUCCUCUUUCACUGGGUCUUGUAUAAAUAGAUGAUCACAAAGGGGUGCUUAAUAUGAGAGUGUUUUGGCUUUUUAUAAAAUAAUUCUGUCAUGGGACUUUAUCAUGGAAUUCCAGGAUCAGAAAUAAUUUCUAGACUUUUCUCAAAUUUCCAUUCAAAUCUGUGAUAUGAUACAAACAGUGAAGGAUUGUCAGCUUUUAGUUUCAGGAAUGUUCUUCACAAACCCCUUGAUUUUUGAAAAUGUUUAAAUGAGAGUCAGAUUGUAUAAGAUGUAGAAAAAGUGCUCCCUCUGCUGACUUUAUGGCAACUGAACUGCAAGUCAUAACAGUAUGAAGCCAGAAGGAGCCACAGCUCAUCCAGUCCCCUGCAUUUCGUGAUAGGAAAAAAAGAAAGGAAGCCCAGAGAUAUUAAUUAUCUUCCCAAGGUCACAGAGCUACCUAGAGUCAGCACUAGCACUAGUGGCCAGCUCUAUUAUAUCCCUCAGUCACUCAACUACUUCCCAUUGCAGUAUCUUGGACCAAGUAAGCUGAACUUGAUUGAGCAGCCCCCAUGAAGCUUCGUAACAAACCAUAGAACAAAGGAAAUUGAAAUCAACACUAGAAAACUAUGUAGGAUUUUUCAGCAUUGUUAAUUUAUUGAACUUUAGAAAAAUUAUCUGAAUCAGAAUAAUGGGAAAAACAGCAUUUCAAAUAUUUUGAGCUAUAUUUUGAUGCCACUACUGUAGUAAUAUUAGUUUCAUAACCAAAAAGGAUUAAAAGUGAAUCAGAGGAUAAUACAAUGUUUUUAGCAUGUGUAUAAUUUUGGUAUAAUGAGAUAAAAAAAUCUUCAGAGUUGGGCCAGAUUUUACAAGUCAGUUAUUUAGUCCAAGUGCCCAUAUGGUAACAUGGUAAGAUAAAGUUAGAACAGAAAUGCAAAAAUAAUAUUGUCUAUAUUGUAUCUGAAAAUCUGAAAAAGCUUUAUUUUAGUCAUUGAUUUAUUUUAAUGAAUUAAAAGGCUGAAGUCAUAAUUCACUAAAGAGGCUUCUAUACUUGUAGUGGUGAAAUUUCAGCUAAAAUGAUUUUCCAACUUCAGGCAAAUAUGAAUCUUGAGUCAAUGUUUUUAUGAGUAUAGUAUUAUACUCAUAAAAAUUUAAUUUUACAUACAUAUAUUUUACAUAAUCUUUAAAAAGAUUAAUUUUAUAUAACACAUUUCUUAGCAAACUUUAUAUUGAAUUGAAAAAAAUGGCCCUUCCCUCCCCUCCAAAGAGCUAACCUUAAGCACGUUUUCAAGGCACUAGAAACAACACUUUAAUAGCUAUGUAAAAUUUGGAGUUUUAGUUCCUAUCAUUGUGAAACUAUUUUUCAUUUAGUUCCCUGUUUCUGGCCAUCCAGGCGAUGACUUUGGUUAUUGCCCACCACCCGAGAUUUGUUCAAAAGUUAUGUAAAAGGAGGCUCAGCCUACUCCUUUCUAUGUCACAGGUCAAUUCUUAACCUUUCCAUGGAAAGUGAUUGCCAGCGGAGCCUCUGGAGAGACAUGGCUGGGCAAACACACGAAGGACUUUUACAUUAGCUAGAAAUGAACAGAGCUCUCAUGAAUGACUUAAGACCAUCAUAUUGCCAAAAGCUGGCUGUACUGUUGUGAUCAUGGUAUUUUACUUCAGGUAGCAACCUGAUAUUUUUCAUUAAACAAAAAUUCUUAACCUA